GCGCGCUGUGCGGUUGUCGAGGUGCGUUUACCUACACGGGUUCCGGCAUGCCUGGCCGGCGUCUCGUUGCCGCCUCCCGGUUGCAUGCCCGCCAUGGAGUGUCUGCGUUGCCUGCCCCGGCUGCUGCCUCGCGCCGCGCAGUCCCGGCGGGUCCUGUGCACCGCUGCUGCGCGCCCGAACCCCGCCGCCUGCUGCAGCCGCGCGACCCCGCUGCUCUCCGGGAGCCAGAAGGCUACGAGCGCGCCCCUCGCUGCCGGUGCUGUGCACCGCUUUAGAAGCUCUGAUGCCUCUCAAGCCACUUUAGCCAGCGUGGCCCAGGUGUUUGCUGUGACAAAGUUUGACAAAGAAGGAAAUGUUACCUCUUUUGAGAGGAAGAAAACUGAGUUAUACCAUGAGCUAGCACUCCAAGCCAGAGACCUGAGGUUUCAGCACGUGAUGAGCAUCACCACCAGGAACAACAGGAUCAUUAUGAGGAUGGAGUAUUUGAAGGCUGUGAUAACUCCAGAGUGUCUUCUGAUACUAGAUUAUCGGAAUUUAAACUUGGAACAGUGGCUGUUCCGGGAACUGCCGUCACAGCUGGCUGGGGAAGGGCAGCUCGUCACAUACCCGUUACCGUUUGAGUUCAGAGCUAUUGAAGCACUCCUGCAGUAUUGGAUGAACACCCUGCAGGGGAAGCUUAGCAUCCUGCAGCCACUGAUCCUGGAGACCCUGGAUGCUUUAGUGGACCCCAAGCACUCUUCUGUGGACAGGGGCAAACUGCAUGUCCUCCUGCAGAAUGGCAAGAGUCUCUCCGAGUUAGAAACAGACAUUAAAAUCUUCAAAGAAUCGAUUUUGGAGCUCCUGGAUGAGGAGGAGGUGCUGGAAGAGCUCUGUCUAAGCAAGUGGAGUGACCCAGAGGUUUUUGAGAAGAGCAGCACUGGGAUUGACCAUGCAGAGGAAAUGGAGCUGCUGCUGGAAAACUACUACCGCUUAGCCGAGGACCUUUCCAAUGAAGCUCGGGAGCUUCGGGUCCUGAUUGAUGACUCACAGAGCAUCAUCUUCAUCAAUCUAGACAGCCAUCGCAAUGUGAUGAUGAGGUUGAAUCUCCAGCUGACCAUGGGAACCUUCUCUCUCUCACUCUUUGGACUAAUGGGAGUUGCUUUUGGCAUGAAUUUGGAAUCUUCCCUUGAAGAGGACCAUCGUGUGUUCUGGCUGAUUACAGGAAUUAUGUUUAUGGGAAGUGGCCUCAUCUGGAGGAGGUUGCUGUCGUUCCUUGGAAGACAGCUGGAAGCUCCUUUGCCCCCUAUGAUGGCCUCCUUACCUAAAAAGAGCCUUGUGGCAGAUAGAAGGAUGGAAGUGAAAAACAGCCUCAGGCCAGAAGGACUUGGAGCAAGCAGGACUCUCCUGGCAAGCCGCUAGCAGCAGCCUGGCAAAGAUUCAUACGCUUCUGAAGCUGUUAUCACUAUCUAGGAAAAAAAGGCAACUGGUAUAUAAAUUAUGUCUGACUGAAAAUACUAUGGCAUUCACAGCACUAAAAGUUGAUUGCGUCUUCGGAAUUCUGAGACAAAGUGCUUUCUUUGUAAAAGGCCAAAAUCUUGUGUCCUACCAACCUUAAAUGCUGUUUUUAUGGGCUUUUUAAAGGAUAGAUUGAUUUGUUGUGAGACAGACUUACCUAGAUUCAGUGUUGUC